UGUCGCGUUUUCGGACAAACCUCGCGUUUUCCCGCUAGCCUUUUUUUCACUCGCACUCAACCCGUUCGUCUGCCAGUCGGAACCCUCGAAACAUACUGCAACACAAAGCAUACAGUGCCCUCACCUUCCGACACUAUCAUACAUUCCCUCCCUGGUGGCUGACGCUCCUCCCCAAUGGACAAAUUCGUCGUCCGCACCAAACGGCUGAACGCAACCACACCACCGGGCACCCCACCAAACAAAAAACCCGCCCUGUCAACCGCUGACCUCCUCAAACCUUCCGCCGCCAAUCGGGCAACGUUCAAGACCCAGCACUACACAAACCCGGCCCGCGGCCACCAGGAUGGGAGUGGCGGUGAUAGGGAGAAGGCGAGAUCGUAUAUGGCCGCUAGGAAGGCAAAACUACAUGCGCAGGGUCCGGAGGCUGUAAGCGGAAUGUUCAAGGGGUGUUGCUUUUACGUGAAUGGAUACCAAAAUGGCGUCUCGGAUCUGGAUCUCCGGGCCCUCAUACAACGACAUGGGGGCACCCUCUCGAUCACGCUAGGCAUGCGGACAGUGACGCACAUGGUGUGCACGGCAUUAGCCGGCGGAAAGACGCAAAAGCUCCUGGCUGGCCGGAAGCCAACAACACUCAGGAUCGUUCGUCCUGAAUGGGUGUUGGAUUCCGUGAAGGAGGGAAGGAGGUUGCCAGAACGUGGAUAUGGGGUGAUAGGGGCCGAAGACGUCUUCCUCGCGGGACCAUGUUUAGGAAGUCUGACAUGAAGAUCGCUUUCGGUACUCUUGCACAGGAACAGGCAUAGGAAUGAAUAUUGGCUCAUCACACGACUAGUAACAUUACCGCAUA